UCGAAUUGCUUCGGGUAGGGUUUAUCAGUUCAACGAAACUGCGGGCGUGAACUGUUUCAAUCGCGCACGCUCAGCUGGUGUUCGAUAUGCCUCGUACGACGAAGGUCGAUUGCCCCGGCUGUCCUCGGCUUCGUGCCUUGACGUUCGAUGUGCUUGGUCUAAUCAAAGUCAUCGAAGCUCGGGGCAAGGAAGGAGAGAUUCCGAAAGUGGUUGAGAGGUGGGGGGAACCUGAUUUCUCCAAAUCCGUGCUUGCAGCUUCUCUUGUUGAUCGUAAAUUCGACCCUUUACUAGCUGUUGCUCGAAAAAAUGGUUUGAUUGAAGUUCUUAAUCCUUUGAAUGGCAAUCUUCACGUUGCAAUUUCGGACAAUGCUGAUACUUCUCCUCCACCAAAAGAUGAAGCUAUCGUUGGAAUGCAUUUAUUUUCAAAAGAUGAAUCGGAGUUGGCAUCUAGGCGUUGCACCUUGCUUUCAUGCACAACAAAAGGAAAUGCGAGCAUGAGGUCGAUUGAGUUUUCUAGUUCAUCUUCAGAAGAUACCUCUACCAAUCUUGUACAAUCGUGGAAAAUAUGUAGUUCGGGUAAUGUUAUGUGUUCUAAAGUUGAUGGAAGUGAAACCCACGCGUUGUUUGGAGGGAAGGGUGUUGAAGUUAAUAUGUGGAAUCUAGAACAGUGUACUAAGAUUUGGACAGCAAAAGCACCGAAGAAGAACAGCCUUGGUAUCUUCACACCAACUUGGUUCACAUCAGCAACAUUUCUUAGUAAAGAUGACCACCGUAAGUUUGCAGCUGGUACCAGCAGUCAUCAGGUUCGACUGUAUGACAUCUCUGCUCAGAAGAGACCUGUCAUCUCAUUUGAUUUUCGAGAGACUCCUAUUAAAGCCUUGGCAGAAGAUGUAGAUGGUAACACAAUAUUUGUGGGGAAUGCAUCUGGUGAUCUUGCAUCUUUCGAUAUUCGCAAUGGAAAGCUAUUGGGUUGCUUCUUGGGGAAAUGUUCUGGCAGCAUAAGAUCCAUCGCCAGGCACCCGGAAUUCCCAGUCAUAGCAUCAUGUGGACUCGAUAGUUAUGUGCGCUUCUGGGAUAUAAAGACAAGGCAACUUCUGUCUGCGGUAUUCCUAAAGCAACAUCUUACUGGUGUUGUCUUUGAUUCUCAUUUUGUUGAAGAAGAUGUAACACACUCCGCAGUCGAGAUCCAACAGGAAACAGAGGUUACUCAAACUGUCAACGAGGAGGAAUACGUUCCUCAGAAAAGAAAAAAGACAUUUAAAGAAGACGGUGAAGGCGGAAAGAGGAAAGGUAGCAAGGCCAUGGACAAAGAAAACAAAAAAAGCAGAAGGAAGUCCCAUCGAGACACCGAAAGUAAGCAGAGGUAGGCGUUACUUGGUUAUUGAAGAAGCAUAAAGGUAGUUCUUGUUAUGAUCUAUUCAGUCAGCAGAUAGUGUGGGAUAUUAGAGGUACAAGAAGAGCUACUUAUCUCACCAAUGCACUGAAUUUUGAACCAAAUCAUGAUUUUUACACGGGAGGCUCGGGGUAAAUACCUGAAUGCUUGUGGAUACUCAGGCUCCAUCAUUUUUCAACUUCUGACCUGCGAAGUAGGAAUGAUUCCAUUGGUAGCAGUUCAAGCACGUACUACUUUAGGGCUCCCAUGUAACCUAUUUUAUUUUUCCAUAUUACUAGUGGUCAGAAGUAUUUGAGUAUUCUACCCAUUGUGUUUUAGUUUAACCCCUUCAUUUUUAUACCUAGUUACUGGAAAGUUGAGGUAUCUCAACUUAUGUGAGUUCAAUAUUAUUUCAAUUUGUAUUUGUGAGUUCUAACUUCUUUUUUGGAGAACAAGAACUCCAAGAUCGUCAUCAAAGUAAAAGGCACUUUCCCGUUCAA